AUGAGGUCCUCUCUGGCGCCCGGCAUCUGGUUCCUCCGCGCCUUCUCCAGGGACAGCAAGUACCGAGCCUACAUCCUGCUCAUCACCUUCUUAAUCUACACCUGCUAUCACAUGUCCCGGAAGCCCAUCAGUGUCGUCAAGAGCCGUCUGCACCACAACUGCUCAGAGGUGAUCCAGCCCCUCAACAGCACCCACAGUCUCAACGAUACCACAUGGUGCAACUGGGCCCCCUUUGAUAAGAGCAACUACAAGGAGUUACUGGGGGCCGUGGACAACGCCUUCCUCGUGGCCUAUGCCAUCGGCAUGUUUAUCAGCGGCAUUUUUGGGGAGCGGCUCCCCCUCCGGUACUACCUCACAGCCGGGAUGCUGCUCAGUGGCCUUUUCACCUCGCUCUUCGGCCUGGGCUAUUUCUGGAACAUUCAUGUGCUCUGGUACUUUGUGCUGGUGCAGAUCUUCAACGGACUUGUGCAGACCACGGGCUGGCCCGCCGUGGUGAGCUGCGUGGGCAACUGGUUCGGGAAGGGCAAGCGGGGGCUCAUCAUGGGCAUCUGGAACUCCCACACGUCCGUGGGCAACAUCCUGGGCUCCCUGCUGGCUGGCGUGUGGGUGGAUCAGCAGUGGGGUCUGUCCUUCGUGGUGCCCGGCGUCAUCACCGCCAUCAUGGGCAUCAUCACCUUCUUCUUCCUCAUCGAAUACCCAGAAGACGUGGACUGCGCCCCGCCUCAGCACCACGGUAAUCCUGAAGAGAGCCAAGACCGCCCCGAGGACCCCGCAAAUGGACCCCACUGUAACAAAGAGAGCAGCCUGGAGUCAGCUGUCACCUGCUCCAAGGACGCAAGCGCUCAGCCUACCGCCAUCAGCUUCUUCGGGGCCCUGCGCAUCCCGGGCGUGGUCGAGUUCUCCUUGUGUCUGCUGUUCGCCAAGCUGGUCAGCUACACCUUCCUGUACUGGCUGCCUCUGUACAUUGCCAAUGUGGUUCACUUCACUGCCAAGGAGGCUGGGGACCUGUCCACGCUCUUCGAUGUUGGUGGCAUCAUAGGCGGCAUCUUGGCGGGGCUCGUCUCUGACUACAUCAAUGGCAGGGCCACCACCUGCUGCGUCAUGCUGAUCUUGGCUGCCCCCAUGAUGUUCCUGUACAACCAUGUUGGCCAGAGCGGAAUCGGCAUCUCCAUAGUCAUGCUGCUCAUCUGCGGAGCCCUGGUCAACGGCCCUUACGCCCUCAUCACCACCGCUGUCUCGGCUGACCUGGGGACGCACAAGAGCCUGAAGGGUAAUGCCAAGGCGCUGUCCACUGUCACAGCCAUCAUCGACGGCACUGGAUCCAUAGGUGCGGCUCUGGGGCCUCUGUUGGCCGGGCUCAUAUCCCCCACUGGCUGGAACAACGUCUUCUACAUGCUCAUUGCUGCGGACGUUCUGGCCUGCUUGCUUCUCUGCCGGCUGGUGUACAAAGAGAUCCUGGCCUGGAAGUCAUCCCUGGGCAAAGACAGAGGCUCUAAUAUGGCCCUAACCCACGCGUGA